GAUCUUGCCACCAGAGGGCGAUAGUGGGGAGCGUUUCAAUCCACCCCCCUUCCUUUUUCCAUCCGUUUCGCGAUAACUGUAUUUUUAAUCCAGAGCCGCAUCGCCAUCCCAGCUCGUUUCAUCGACGCUGGAAUUCUGCCACCUAUCCCUCCUGUUACCAUGGCGCAUCCAUGAGAAGGGAGAGGUGGGACUCGGUUCUUCAAGCUCCAUUUUACUUCAGCAGUUAUGUCUCGUUUUCUCUGCUUUCUUUCGCCAUGUCUGAGCUCCCUGCUUACCUGUUCUUGUCAGCGCUGUUAAUUUUCUCCAAGGAUGGGUUGAUGGAGAGGGUGGAGGGUGCCAGGACCGCUGGUGGUCCUGCGGAGCUGGUGGACGACAAUGUCAACUCCAUCAUCCAGGAGGCGUCCAGCAACGAGCAACGCCAUCAUCAGCACCAACAUCAAGUGCAAAUGGCAUCAGUUUCGACAUCAGUGUCCAAUUUUAUGCUGAAAGUGCAAGUCAACGACAUUGUGAGUCGGCAGUACCUAAGUCAAGCAGGCGUUGAGGUGUUUGUAAACCAUACACGAACCAACUCCGCAGUCACAGAGGAGAAUGGAGUGGUGCUGCUCAAAGUUCCUUACAAGCUGGGUCAGACUCUAACUAUUGUGGCUAGCAUGGAUGGCUAUAUUCUAACACCACUGCCUUGGAAAACUACAAAAAUGCCAGUAUUCUCCUCUGUGACACUGUCGCUGUUCCCACAAAACCAAGGUAACAUCUGGCUCUUUGAAGAUUCUGUGCUGAUUACCGGAAAACUGUCUGAUACUAUGUCGCAGCCUAAUGUUCAGUUUCCAAAAAAUAUACUAAAACUGCCAGGAAACAGCAACAUCUCUACUGUGACCGCAUAUCUGACAGUGCCUCAACUGCCAUCAGAAAAGGACUGCUUUCUGUACACUGUAGGGAUCCUUAUCAACAAAUCAGGGUACAAGAACAUUGAGCUGAACCCCUUGGCUGCAAUUAGUAUCCAGCUUUUCUCCACUGGGAAAGAAAUACAGGUCACUGGUCCCAUCCAGAUAACACUGCCUCUACCAGACAGCAACCGCAUGAGGCCUUUAGAUGCUGUACCUGCGUGGGCGUUUGACAUGAAAACUGGUGCCUGGGUUAACAGAGGUUUGGGCCUUGUAAAAAAAGAAGACAAUCGCCUUGUCUGGACGUAUGUGGCUCCUCACCUAGGCUACUGGAUAGCUGCACCUUUACCUGCAGCAAGAGGUUUUAUUGGACAUGCAACUACUAUGGACUUCAUCUCAUAUCAUACUUACCUGCUCAUGGCCAUUCUGGGAGGAACCCUAGUUAUUGUUUUUGGAUUUUUAACUGUGCUGUUGUGUUACUGUAGAGGCAGUAGUUAUGAGCCCCCAAAGAAGAAAAGGAACAUCACUAAAAUGGAGGUUUUAAAAAAGGACCAGACCACUUCCACUAUAAAUGGAAACCGUGAUGUUUACUUUAAGGCAUCUGGCCGACAAGAUGACAAGUCGCAUUCUCUGACACCCAGGACUGGCGCUCAAAGAGAAGACUCUGCUGCCUCCAAGCAAAAGGGGAGCUUUAACAUCUAUGUUGAGGAUGUUGGGCUUCCAUCUGGCAAGCAAUUUGAAAAUGUAGGAAAUUCAGGCUCAGAAACUAGCAGACAUCCACAGCAACCCAUCUAUGUUAACAGCGCUGAGGCUGUGAGGUCUAAAGAGAUGGCAGAACACAAGAGAGUACACCUUGCUUUAAGUGAAAACAUGUUUUUCCCAGAAAGAUUGGUCCACAUUUAUAACCAGCCAGUGGCUAUUCUGCAGGCCCCAGAGCUUUUCCACACAUCAGAACACUUAGCGGCUUGUAAGUCCGCCACUUUGCCUAGAAAGGGUCAGGUAGUUUAUGACACAAUGAUGGAACCAAUGAGUAAAGAUAGCUACACACAAACAUUGCCAAAAAUGCCCCUGCUCUCUCAUCUACAACAGGAGCCCAGUGAGGAACAGCAGGUCCUUGAAGGUCCUCAGAGUUCAGCGUCUAACCCAGGGACCUGGGGGAGAUACAGUAGCCUGCUGGAGUCGGUUUCAGUUCCAGGGACACUGAAUGAAGCUGUGGGGAUGGGGCCAUUCUGCAGUGAACUCCAAGGCAUUUCAGAGCAAACACUGCUGGAGCUGUCAAAGGGCAAACCCUCCCCACAUCCUAGGGCAUGGUUUGUUUCUCUGGAAGGCAAACCGGUAGCGCAGGUGCGCCACUCCUUCAUUGACCUCCAGAAAAAGAGAAAACCUGCUGAUAGCAACGACACUAGCCUGGACUCCGGAGUGGACAUGAAUGAGCAUCAAUCCAAUAAAAAAUUUGAACGGGAGAAGACCUUUAUCAAGGGCAUGCCUCACAGCAAAAUCCUGUACACAGAAGACCUGGACCUCAGCAGCAGUGAGAGUGGGGCCACGGCUGCCUGCACUCCUGAGGAUCCAUCUCUGAGGAACAUUCUAGACAGUGGGAGUGGGCCCAUUGGCGAGUCCCAGGCAGAGAAAGAACAGACUGAGGUGCCAAGCGUUCAGGAUGAGAGUGAGACACGCUCCACACCACCCCCACGACGUCUAAGGAAAGUCAGGGACAAGGGGAAAUCAGACAGCAAAAAGAGCACUUGGCAGAUACGAGAGGAAAGGCCACUGAUGUCUUUAAACUAGUACCAAAUCUUCUGAGGAUACCACAAACAAAUGGCAAAGGCACAUUAAGGUUUAGGGCACAGUUUAUCAUCUGUUUCAGUUGUUAAUGUCCAAGAAAGUGUGACUAAAGGCAAUGUUCCAAUUCCAUCUAGGAUUUUAAGCCUACAUGUUUACAGUGCUUAAGUGGGUCUGAUUCAACAGUUUUGGGCUGUAGAGCAUAUUUCUGGAAAAGGAGGUGUGAUACAGGAGAUGUAUCUAGUCCUAGUUUGUAAAUGUGCUGAUCGUCCUAGAGGUUAUUCUUUUCCGCCCACACCAGAUAGACUGAAAUCAUUGGCCAGGAGUGUAAAUGCAUCAUUAUGACACACUGAUGAAUAGCUACUCCCAGGCUAUUUUAUAGCCUGAUUUCAUUAAAAUGAACAAGCUUCUUGUGGGGCUUUACAAAUACAGCAACAAAUAAUGCAGUGAUCUAAAUGGAGAUUAAAUACAUUUCAAAUAGGUUUCUACAGAAAAUGUUAACUGAUCCCUAACUUGUCUGAAUCAAUACAUUGACGCGGUUGUAUCUAAAAAACCCACAUCUUGAUAUAUUAGGCUUUUUUACAUUAAACUUAUGUGACACUGUAAAAUGACAAAGUCCUACUAAUUGUAAAUUUGAUUGUACAUUUUACCUGUACAGAUAUGAGUGAUCUUCAUUUGUUGUUGCUACCUUGUAAUUCGAAAAAGCACACUUCAAAAACACAAAUCUUCUUAUCUUGCUUUUGGCAAUCAGUUAUAUAAAAGUACAAACAAACUGUUAUGUCUGGUACGGAUUGAAAAUAUGUCUUAGAAGUUCACCUUUUAAAAAAAAGUGUACUGCACUUCAAAGAGGGAGAAAUUAUGGUAAAAAUUGAGCAAUCCUAUUCAGAAUGAGAUUGCUUUCAAGAAGGAAGAGGCUUUCGAAAGCUGUUAUAGAAUAUCCCUUUCGAGAUUUGCCAUGUCACAUGUCGUGAAAACUCUAAAGCAAUUUCUUACACAUUUCUAAAGCACAUAAGGCAACAAAAAAUGCUCUUUACAACUACAGGUUUCUCCGUUAGCUUAUAUUACGAAAAAUCAUGCAAGCACAAGUAAUAAGCAGCACAUUUUGGUGUUUGUUGUCAUGAUACACAGCUUGAGAUCUACAACAUUUAUGGAUUUGAAAAUGUUAUCGUAAUUGAAUUUUUGUUCCCAAGCCUUCCUUUGGCGAUUCCAAAUUUGUGAAUUCAACAAGCAGUUCAUGGAAUAAAUAAUAAGGGAUAAGAGAAAACAAAACAACCCAAUUAUGAAUGAGACAUUUUCUUUCUUAUUUUUAUUUUGUACCUUAUUGUGUCAACAUUGCUUUAUGGUGGGUGGAUUUUUUAAACAAAAUUACUGGUUAUGUUCUGAGGUCCUCUCUGUACCAGUAAAAUAUCAAGCCUGUUCUCUUUAGGCUCUGGACACAGGGCCCAUGUCUUUGUUUUCCUUUAUUUCUCAAGAAAAGUGUUUAUAAUAAAUUAAAAUGAGUUUCAGACUUUCACACAAUGGGUAAAUGAUAGAUUUGUGCACCUCUUCAGGGUAUUUUCUCAAGUAAAACAGGUAUUACAGCAGCCAUUAUUCAGCAUUUUUAGUAAAAAGGGAAAAAUGCUUGCAGUUCUGUGAUCAAUGUGUAUUAAAUCCAUUGCCAGAAACUGAUUUUCUGUAGGUUGUGUAAAUCUAAACGAAGCACUUAAAUGAUUAAAUCAAAUGCCAUAAAUAGUGGAUUUCUGUAUAUGUCUUAAUAUGUUUCCAAUGCAGGCAGUGUAUUUAGUAUAUACAGUAUAAGCAAUUUAAAAAACAUUACGCUUC